AUGGACAACAGCAAUAAUGGAAGAAUGACGGGAAUUAUUGUUGAGGGAGAGAAUAAUGUUGUUGGGGAUAAUAGACAACAGAAUUAUUCGCCUCCAAGUGCUCGAAAGCCUCGAAUAACUGAAGAAGCUGCUGAGGCCGAACCUUAUGGACUUUGUGCACAAAUAUUAAUUAUAAUUUCAUAUAUAUUUACAAUAAUUACUUUCCCAAUUUCUAUUGUCAACCAAUAUGAGCGUGCAGUUAUUUUUCGUUUAGGCCAAUUGAGAAAAGGAGGGGCGAGAGGGCCGGGUUUAUUUUUUGUUAUUCCUUGUAUUGAUGAAUAUAGAAAAGUUGAUUUACGUGUUGUGUCAUUCCAAGUGCCUCCACAAGAAUUACUUUCAAAAGAUUCUGUGACUGCUAAUGUUGACGCUGUUGUCUAUUUUCGUGUUUCAAAUGCAACAGUCUCAAUUGUUAAUGUAGAAGAUGCAAAAGCCUCAACAAAAUUAUUAGCUAUGACAACCCUUAGAAAUGUACUUGGAACUAAAACUUUGAGUGAAAUGCUUUCUGACCGUGACCAUAUUUCCCAUCAAAUGCAGGAAGUUCUUGAUGAGGCAACAGAACAUUGGGGUGUUAAAGUAGAAAGAGUUGAAGUUAAGGAUGUUCGUCUUCCUCGUGAAAUGCAACGAGCUAUGGCCGCUGAGGCAGAGGCUCAACGUGAAGCUAGGGCUAAAAUAAUUGCUGCUGAAGGUGAACAAAAAGCUUCUCGAGCAUUGCGUGAUGCUGCUCUUACAAUUUCUGACACUCCAACAGCUCUACAAUUACGUUAUUUACAAACUUUGGGGACAAUUAGUGCUGAACAUAAUUCUACAAUUGUUUUCCCAUUCCCAGUUGAUUUAAUGUCAAUGUUUGUCCAAAAUCAUUUUGGGAAUAACUCUAAUCAACAAAGCCAUUCAUCCCAAACUGCCCAACAUGUAAACAAUUUUUGUGGAGAUUUGGGAAUGGAAAAGAAAAGUGAACACCCAGCAUUUGUACCUGAUUAA